AUGACUUUUUUAAAAUUGACAAAUCGAAAAGGGGAACGGCAUGUUCAGAAGUAUUUUUACAAAUUAAAUGCAAACAACAGAAUAAAUAGAAUAGUAAGAGAAGUAUAUUUAAGAAAUGAUAUAAGUUGUGGUAUAGAGAAAUGUAAUAUAUGUGAGAAUAAUAAAAAGAAAUUAUUAGAUGGAGAAAGAAAUAUUUUAAUAUUAGAUUUGAAUACAUUAAUAAAAUAUAUGGACUUUUUAUAUGAUUGUGAUAUUGAUAAUAUUUUAAUUCCGUUAUCUAUAUAUGAUUAUAUAAAAUCGUUUAAUAAAAUCUUAUAUAAGAAAUUACGUAAUUUGUGUUAUGAUAUUGAUGAAGAAAGUAUAAUAGAAGGAUCAUCUUUUUCUUCAUCUUCUUUUAAUCAUAAUAAGCGAUUUUGUGUUUUUGUCAAUACAUUUUGUAAAUUUACUUAUGUAGAAGAUAAUAAAGAUAAUAAAGGAUUUAAUAAGGAAUUACAAGAAAUUAUAAAAAUAGUUAUAUGGUUGAAACAUCAUAAUAAUAAUUUAAAUAUAAAAGUUAUAAGUAAUAAUAAAUUAUUGCAAGAAGAUUGUUAUAAUAAUGAUAUUCCUUGUAGUACAUUAUUUGAAUAUGUAAAUGAAUUAAUGAAAGGAAAUACUAAUAAAAAAAAAAAAGAAGGAAAGAAAUUUAAUAUGGAUACAUUAAAAAUGUAUUUUGAGGAAGAUAUAUUAAAUGAACAUAAUGAUAAUAAAGUGGAUGAUGUAGAAAGUAUAAAUGAACAAGAAACAUAUUAUACUUUAAACAAUUUAUCAUUAGAUAAUAAUCAUAAUAAUGAUAAAAGACCUUUAUAUGAACCACAUUUAAAUAAAUCAGAUAUGAUACAAAAAUUAAGGGAUAAUAAAAUUAUUAAGGGUGUAUUUAGUGUUAUAUGUGUUAAUAAAUUAGCCUUGGUUAAAUUUUCUGAUCUAGAUGAAAUCGUUAUAAGAGGCACGAAAUAUAUGAACAGAGCUAUUCAUAAUGAUGUAGUUGCUGUUGAAAUUAUUGAUGAACCAAAUGACGAUCUUUAUGAAGAAGAUUAUCUCGAAGAACAAAUAAGCCCAGAAGAAGAAGAUGAUGAAGAACAAGAAAUAGACGUAAAGGCACAAGUAGAUGUACAUAUAGAUGUAGAUGCAGAAGGAGUAGGGGAAAAGGACACUAUAAAAAUAAAUAAUAUUAUUAAGGAUAAAAGAUUAAAUGGUUAUAUAAAAAAUGAGGAUAUAAAAGAAAAAGAACAUAUUAAUAAUAUAUAUAAUAAACAAAAUAAUCGUUUUGAAAAGGAUAUAAUUAAUUCGUAUGAAAACAAAAUGAAUGUUACAUAUAAUAACCAAAUGAGUGAAAAAAAAAAAUUAUAUGGAAAAGUUGUAGGAAUUAUAAGUAGAUGUAGAAAAGAGUAUGGAGGUAUUAUUAAAGAAUAUUCAAAUAAUUUAAAUAAUAUAAAGAAAAAAUUAAUGUUUUUUAAAGCUUUUAAUAAUAAAAUACCAUAUAUUAUGAUAAAAGCACAAUUAGAAGAAGAGUUACGUAAUAAAAGAGUUAUUGUUACUAUAGAUAAUUGGGAUAUAUAUUCAAGAAACCCUUUAGGUAGAUGUAUAAGUGUCUUAGGAAAUUGUGAUGAUAUAGAAACUGAAACUAAAUUAAUAUAUAAUGAAUAUAAUAUAUCAACUAGAGAAUUUAGUGAAAAUGUAUAUAAGUGUUUACCACCAAAUAAUUGGGUAAUACCAGAAGAAGAAUAUGCAAAAAGGAAUGAUUUUAGAAAUGUAUUAACAUUUAGUAUUGAUCCUCCAGGUUGUCAAGAUAUUGAUGAUGCUUUAUCUGUUGAAUUUUUAAAAGAAGAAGGAAAUAUAGAAGAUGGUUAUAAUAAUAUAUACAGAAUAGGUGUACAUAUAGCUGAUGUAUCUUAUUUCGUAAAACAAAAUAGUCCUAUUGAUUUAGAAGCUUCUAAAAGAUGUACCACCGUAUAUUUAAUAAAUCAAAGAGUUGAUAUGUUACCUAAAUUAUUAACAACAAAUUUAUGUUCAUUAGUAGAAGGAGAAGAACGUUUAACAUAUAGUUGUAUUUUUUGUUUUAAUAAAAAUUUUGAUAUAAUAGAUAUUAGUGUAAAAAAAUGUAUAAUAAAAAGUAAUAAAUCCUUUUCUUAUGAAGAAGCACAAAAUGUAAUUGAUGAUAAAAAUGAUGAAUCUGAUACAGCAAAAUCUUUAAGAUUAUUAAAUAAGAUAGCAAAACAUUUAAAAGAAAAAUGGUUAAAUGAUGGAGCUCUAGAAUUAAGAGGUAAUACAGAAGUACUAUUUGAAUUUGAAGCUAAUGACUUUUCUAAAGCAAAAAAUUUGAAACCUUAUGUAUGUUAUGAGACAAAUAAAUUAAUUGAAGCAUUUAUGCUUUUAGCUAACCGCUCAGUAGCUAGAAUUAUAUUUCAAAAUUUUAAAGCAGCUAGUGUGUUAAGAAGACAUCCACCUCCAAAACAUGAAUAUUUAAAAGAAUUAAAUGAUUAUUUAAAAACUAUAAAAGUUUAUGAUUUUAAAUAUAAUACAUCUAAAGAAUUAUCUCAUUCUAUUAAUAAUAUUAAUUUAAAAAAUGAUAAUAUUUUAUCUAAUAUAUUAAAAGUUAUGGUAACCAAAUGUAUGAAUGAAGCUGUAUUUAUAUCAGGAUAUAAUGUACAUAAUAAUGAUAUGUUAAAACAUUAUGGUUUAGCUGCUGAUAUAUAUACAUUUUUUACAUCUCCUAUUAGAAGAUAUGCUGAUAUUAUGGUUCACAGAAUAUUAAAUCAUAUAUAUGAAAUUGAACAACUAGAUACAAAAUAUCUUGAUAUUAUUUAUUUAAAUAAACAAGUAGCAUUAUUAAAUGAAAAAUACAGAAAUGCAAGAUUUGCAUCAAGAGCUUCUGUAGAUUUCUUUUCAUAUCUUUAUAUUAAAAAAAUUGGUAAUCAAAUUACUAACGCGGUUAUAACAAAUUUAAAAAAAAAUGGUAUACAGAUAUUUCUAAUUGAUUAUUCUACAGAGGGUAUAUGUUAUUUAAAAAGAAAAGAUGGUUUUCUUUUUGAUGAAAAAAAAAAAAGAUUUGUUAAAAUCGAUAAACAUAAAAAAGAACUCUUCCAUUUAAGUUUUUAUGAUAAAAUACAAGUACAUAUGCAGGUCGAUAAUUAUGAUAUCAAAUGUCAAAAUCAUUUUAUUUUUAUUAAGAAAAUAUAA